AUGUGUAUAAACAUAGCAUUUUAUUUCUCUUUAGGGAGAGUCCAUUCCGCUGUGAUAAGUAGCUUAAAUGUUGAUACUCGCAGCGUAACUGUGGAGUGGUUUGAGAAUGGUGAAACAAAAGGCAAAGAGAUCGAGGUUGAACAAAUUUUGGCACUCAAUCCUGAACUAUUAUCAAAUUCUAAAGCUAAAUUGGCGCGUAAAAUUCCUGCACCAGUGCGCAAUUUAAAGGUAUCUACCGAGGCGGAAACUAAUGCUAAUAAUAAGCAGCCUGGUGUACCAUUUAGGCCACCCUUAUCUCGUGGAAAUUCCAGUUCAAAUAUACCAGCAUGUAAAUAUGAUACUCUAUUGUGUUUAUAUCACACUCGUAGGCGGUCUAAUUGUGUUAAAGAAGUUGAAAAACUGAAGAAGAAUAGAGAUGAAAGAAGAGAUUUAAGUGGUGGCACUUACAACGUGUUGGUUCAACUUGAUAUAUUAUCAAAAAUAUUUCUUUUAAAAUUUUAUAGAGAAUAUCGUGACACUCUCGAAUUUGAUGAAAUAACAAUGUCAGAUCCAGUAUUGGAUCAUCAAAUUUGUGUUUGUGUACGUAAAAGACCACGUAAUAAAAAAGAAAAAAAUAAGAAAGAGAUCGAUGUUAUCACUAUUCCUGAUAAAUAUACUACCUUGGUUCACGAGCCAAAACUAAAAGUUGAUCUUACGAAGUACUUAGAAAAUCAAAAAUUUAGAUUUGAUUAUUCUUUCAAUGAAAAUGCCAGCAAUGAAAUGGUGUACAGGUAUACGGCUCAACCGUUAAUUGCUACAAUCUUUGAAGGUGGCAUGGCAACUUGCUUUGCCUAUGGUCAGACUGGUAGUGGUAAAACACAUACCAUGGGUGGAGAUUUCUCCGGUAAAGAACAAGAUUGUACGAAAGGCAUCUACGCUUACACUGCUCGUGAUGUUUUUAUCCUAAAUUCACAAUCAAAAUAUCAAGACUUGAGCCUUAAGAUUUGCGCUAGCUUUUUCGAAAUUUAUGGUGGCAAGGUUUUUGACUUGCUAAGAAAUAGAAAAAAAUUACAAAUUCUGGAAGAUGGAAAGCAGCAAGUUCAAGUUGUAGGACUAUCGGAGAAGGAAGUCAAGAGUACGGAAGAUGUUCUUGAUCUAAUUAAAAUCGGUAGUGGUAUUAGAACUUCGGGAACUACGUCUGCGAAUAGUCAUUCGUCUCGUUCUCAUGCAGUUUUUCAAAUCAUUAUAAGGAAAGGGAAAGCCAACAAAUUGCACGGAAAAUUUUCUCUCAUUGAUCUUGCUGGUAAUGAGCGUGGGGCAGAUACAUCAAGUGCGAAUAGACAAACAAGAAUGGAAGGAGCUGAAAUUAAUAAAAGUCUUCUUGCACUUAAAGAAUGCAUUAGGGCACUUGGUCGAAAAGGAGGUUAUACACCAUUUAGGGCUAGCAAAUUAACUCAGGUUCUACGAGAUUCUUUUAUUGGCGAGAAUUCAAAGACAUGCAUGAUUGCUACAAUCUCUCCUGGGAUGAGUUCUUGCGAGCACACUCUGAACACUUUACGUUAUGCCGAUAGAGUGAAAGAAUUACCAAGUAAUGGACCAAUGCCUCAAGCCGCUGCGUUACCUAAUAUUUUAGAGCAAAAUAAUGUUCAAAAAAAUAAUGUAAAAGACAAUCUCACGGACAGUAAGAGUAGCGACUUGGCUUUACUUUGCUCACAAAAUGACGUACGUGAAGACCAUGGUUGGCUGCUAACAUUCCAUGAAACUGUAACACAGCUUCAAGAAGCUGAGGAACAGCUUAUAGAAGCACAUCGGGCUUAUCUACAGAAAGAAAAAUCGAUUAUCGAUAUUGAAGACAGAAUGUUGCAUGAAGUUGAUACUAAUGUUGAAUAUGACAUAGACGAAUAUUCAAAAAAUUUGGAUACAGUUUUAUCGGAGCAAAUGAAAAGCAUAGCUGAACUUAGAGGUAGAGCGUUUUCUAUAAGGUCUUCUGCAAUGCUAAUGCGUUAUCGAUACUUUUUCUCAAUUCAAAAUAUAUUUUUAUGA